CGUGCUGAAAAAAAGAGAAAGAAAAAAACGGCUCGUGGACACAAUGGGCUCUCCAGCGGACGGAGCGAGCUCUGUUUAACGCGCCGCAGCCUUCGAUGAACACAAGAAACGAGGUGAAGAGGCCGGGGGCUAUGUCGUUUCAGCUCCUCUUCACCACCGCUUGAUCAACCAUGAUGAAGACUGAACCCCCGUCUGCGGCCAGCGGCAGCACCAGCGGCAACCCGCUCGGAGCGCGGAGUGCCUCCCCACACAGGAACGCCUAUGAAGCAGGAAUUCAGGCGCUCAAGCCGGUCAAAGACCCUGGUGCCCCUAAUGGGGAUGAUAAAGAGGGGAAGCUGCGGGCUCCUGGCCGGGGCCGCAGGUACGGCUCCAACGUCCACCGCAUCAAGAACAUGUUCAUGCAGAUGGGCUCUCCUGGGGAGGAAGAGGAUCCAUCCAAAUUGAAAGACCAAACGGUGCGGCUCUCCCUGCCCAGAGCCAGCAGCCUGAAUGAAAAUGUGGAUCAUAGCACCCUGCUCAAACUCGGCGGCACUGUUUCCGAACGUGUUAGCCGGUUUGACAGCAAGAACGAUGGAAGUGGUGCACGUGGAGCCUCCUCAGGCUUCUCCAAGCUGCAAGAGACACGUAAGAUCUUUGAACAGCGCCAUCUACAGGAGAAGCAGGCCGCCACCAAUCGCAUCCUGCUGAAAAAGGAGCGUGCCUCAGGCUUCCAGGACAGCCGUCUUGACGUAGUCGUGCGGUUCAACGGCAGCACGGAGGCCCUAGACAGACUGGACGGGGAGGGUGGUCCUGUUGAGGCAGUGUCACCCACUGUUAGCCAACUGAGCGCUGUCUUCGAGAAAGCAGAACUGCGCAACAAUCUCCAUCGGCCGACCUCGACCUCGCCGCUCUCAUCUCGUGGUGUUAGCCCCACCCCAGGGAAAGUAGUCAAUUCCAAGAUCACCCCCAAAAAGGUGCGAUCGUUUCCUCAAGCAGGAAGUCAGGAGAAGGGCGCCCUACCCAAGGAUCAGGAGGAUGUCCCUGGAAGUCCCAGAAGGAUCAGUUCCAAAACGGACAUAUCCAUCAAACCAUCAAUGGAUGGAUCCAUCCCUGAGUCUGAGAUGGUCCAGUCAAGUGAGAUCCAGAACUCUGCAGAUGCCAGUGCACUUGGGGAACAUGAUGGUGUCAGUACCCAGGAAGCGGGCAGUAGACUGGUUCAAGCGGAAGUCCAUGUCCAUGCUUCCCUGGAGAAUGGGGAUUCCAACAAGGCAGAGCAGAGAGACGAGCAGAGAGAUGAGGACAGGCCAGCCUCAGUAGACGCCUGCCUUCGAGAUGAGGAGGCGGCUGAAGAAGAGUCUCAUAGGGAGGAUUACUCCGAAGCAGACCUGGUGGACAUCAGUGCCUAUAGUGGUAUAGGUGAGGACUCUGGCGGAAGUCAGCUGGAUGAGGAUGAGGAAGCUGAUGAUGAUGAAGCGUAUGAACCAGAAUCCAGCUGCACUGAAAUCCCAGGACUGUCACUUGAGGAUGACCCUCCAGCCAGCAGAAAGAUCCGUUUCAGCACCGGGCCAAUAAAGGUGUUCACCACAUACUCUAACGAGGACUAUGACCGGCGUAAUGAUGAUGUCGAUCCUAUGGCGGCAUCAGCAGAAUAUGAGCUGGAAAAGAGAGUGGAGAGACUGGAUCUCUUCCCUGUGGAACUGGAAAAAGAUGGCGACGGUUUGGGGAUCAGUAUCAUCGGAAUGGGCGCUGGAGCUGACAUGGGCCUGGAGAAGCUUGGAAUCUUCGUCAAAACAGUCACAGAGGGAGGAGCUGCUCACCGGGAUGGAAGGAUCCAGGUGAAUGACCUCAUAGUGGAGGUAGACGGCACCAGCUUGGUGGGUGUGACUCAGAAUUUUGCAGCAUCAGUCCUGAGGAACACCACUGGCAAAGUCAAGUUUAUUAUUGGCCGGGAGAAACCAGGGGAGCAGAGCGAGGUUGCGCAGCUGAUCCAGCAGACGCUGGAGCAGGAGCGCUGGCAGAGGGAGAUGAUGGAGCAGCGCUAUAAUCAGUACAUGGAGGAGGACGAAGAGACGGGUGAGUAUGCUACAGAUGAGGAUGAGGAGAUGAGCCCCAUGUUCCCUAACGCUAUCGAGGUAUUUGACUUGGCUGAAAAUGAGGACAUGCUCUCACCCGUGGAGAUGGACCCAGAGAAACUCGCCCACAAGUUCAAAGAGCUCCAGAUAAAGCAUGCUGUAACCCAGGCUGAGAUCAAGCAGCUAAAGCGGAAGCUGGCUCACGCGGAGCAGGAGAAGCUGCGUUGGCGGAUGGAAAAGGCCCAGCUGGAACAGACGGUGCGGGAGACGAAGGAGCGCAUGGAAAAGCUGGAAGGCUACUGGAUGGAGGCGCAGAGUUUGUGUCAGGCGGUAGAUGAGCACCUGAAGGAGACGCAGGCCCAGUACCAGACACUAGAGCGCAAAUACAGCAAAGCCAAACGCCUCAUCAAAGAGUACCAGCAGAAAGAGAUUGAAUAUCUUAAGAAGGAGACAGCACAGCGGCGUGCGCAGGAGGAGUCCGAGGCCGGUCGUAAGGAGGAGACAGACAGCCUGCAGGAGAAGAUCACAGACCUGGAGACGAAGGUGGGUGCACUGAAGAGCUCGGAGCCCUCCUAAACCUCCCCCAGGAACAAGAGAGAGGGGGAGAGUGGGAGAAAUGCCUUCAACCCCAGCCAUCCCUCGCUCCUACGUUUUUCUCUCAAAGGCAUGCAACAACGGACGACCAAAAGACUGCAAGAAACGUUAAAGGGAUGUUCCUGGGGAGAGGGAGGGGGUGAAAAAGAAUUCCAUAAUGCCUCGCCAGUAAGCCUGGCACAGGCUGCCCACCUCUAGUCCUCAUGACAGCCCACAUAAUGUAGGCCCCAGGAUGUUUUUAGUUUCAUACAGUAUUUGAUUUUCUCUCUUUUUAAACGGCCCUCAAUAAAAAAGCAUUACGCUGCUUCCUCUCAGCAACUCUGCAUAGUUCUGUUCAAGUGACCCAUGGGUUGACUGGGCGCGGUGCCAACGCGAACAGAAAAGGCGGGGAUGAAAGUGAGCGGCAGACUUUUGAGUUUUUCUUUCUGUUUUUUUUUUUGGUGUUCGAACCGCAACAGCAAAAUGGUCGCUCUUCUUUGCCCACUGGAAUGGAGCCAGGGUUGGUUGUACAGCAGUGAUGGAAGAGCUGAUGGUGUUUGUAUAUAUUCUUCAGUGUAUUUAAAAACGCUUAAGCAAUGAGCCAGUGGGAAGAGGGAUGGGUAACAGUUAAAAUGAACAUAAACAAAAGUAGUCCAGUAUAAAGCUCAGUUCAAGCUGGAUUAGUAUUACCUGGGGAGGUACUGUAAUUGACGUGAAUACUGAUGAGAUAUGUGGAUUUAAAGGCUUAAAGAACCUUCACAUAAUGUAAAGGGUUUCAACUUCAACAAGGUUCUUCACACUCCAAAAACCCCCUUUACAAAAAUGGUUCUGUGAUGUACCAGCCAUUGAAAGUGUUUUAGGGAACCAAAUGUGGUUCUUUAAAAGCACUGUGCAAAGAACCUUUGUUGGAACCUUUAUUUUUUAAGAGUAUUGUAUGUACUAUAGUAGACGUGUUCCAAUCCACCUCAAGCAAAUGGAACAACAAAACCUGCUAAUAGACACAGCUUUGCUCCGUAUUGUUAUUGUUAUUGAGCUUUGCCCUAAUUGUGUAAUGCUAAUGUGUACUUCCAGUCUAUGACCUAUCAAUCCAGACUGUGAUCAUUUGUGGAAACUACACAAAUACAUUUUUCGGUAAAAACGGCCAGUCAAAUCCUUUACAGAACCUCCUCUAGUAAAACAAAUCCACAUCAAAUAGUGCUUUAGACUAGCAGGGCAAAGAGGCAGAGUUGUGUAUUUCUUUUACGCUUGCUUUUUUUUUGUUAGCAAAAAUGGCAAACAGGGUGUGAGACCUGUGCAAGCUUGACAUUUAAAAUGUAACUUCCAAGAUAUGCUUACAUUUCACACUUUGUUUUCCUUUAGACAGUAUUACUGGAGCAGUGUAACGUGAUUUGAGGAUUUUUUUUUCUCCUGCCAAAAAAAAAACAUCACUUGUGCUGCCCCUUCCCUGUGUCUGCAGUUUUGCUUUGGGUUGAGAGCUGAGUUAUGUUUCUCAUGCUGAUUGUGGUGCUUACGGUAACGUUGUAUAUGGGAAACUAAAGCAUGAGUCCUCAGGUUUGGUUCCUGCAAAGCUCAUAUGAACCUUUGAAGCAGUCAGUACAGCCCAGCAACAGCUUACUGCAAACAUGAGAAAUCCUUCAUGAGUAAAACCCUAUUGAAGCUGGAUUAGAUUUACCUUGGGAUGUACUUUCACUCAAGUGACUACUGACAAGAUCAGUGAUUUUAAUCCAGUAUGAAUCUGCUGUUUCUAUAGUCUGACAGUAAUAAUUCUGAAAUAAAUGCCCUUCUGUAAUCGGCUGAAUCCGGAGAUCCCUCAGUAAUAACAGACCUGUUCUGACCCACUAAUUGAAAAUGAUACUCCUGAUCCUGAUGUUUCUUUUUAAGAAACCAUUCUCACCUGAAAAUAUUGAUACUGUUUUCAGCAAUAAACUGCAUAUCUGUCUUUUUAUGAAAUUGAAUGUCUUUGAUGCUAAAAAUUAUUGUAGCAAAUAAUUUUGUAGGAUAGGAACUACUUUCCCUUAUUUAUUUAUUUUACUGGACUAAACAGUCAGUUUAUGUGGCAGUUUAUUUAAUUCAAAAGCAAAUGUAUUUUUGAAGUUUUACUGGUUUUCACAUUAAAAAUCACAAAAUGAAUUCCCUUAAAACUUAAAACAAGAGAUGGCAUGAUGCUACUUUCUUUUUCCUGAUACCAAUACUGUUAAAAAACAAAACAGACAUGGCGCCAGGCAUGUAACAUUGAUGGCUAUAUCUGCCCUGCAAUGUUUCAGUCCAUUCUGUCUGUGGUAAUUUGGCAAAUCAGCCAGUCAAAUCCCUUACAAAUUACAUUACAGAGCCUCCUCUGGUGAAACAAAUCCAGCUUGGAUAGUGCUUUAGUCACUUCAGCAGAGGCUGUGUAUCACAGGCCUUAUUGUUAUUCGGUUUCAUCCUUUUUCCUUCUCAGUCACAGUCUUGCACAGUCCUUUUCCCACAGGCAGAUGAGAUACUGGUCGUAUACUGUGCAUUUAAGCACAGGAAGUGUCUCUCAUUAUUGAGAGAAUUACAGACACUGUAAUGUCAUUUCACCACUGCAUUCAAUAUGCCAUUAGAGAGAGGCAGUGGCUGUAGUUCUCUGUGCUGAAAUUGAUCCAGGAGCAGUUUCCUUUUAAAUCCUAACCUUAAACACAGAGAAAGGGAGACUCUGGCCUCAGAUGAGUUUAAGAUGGUGGCCCUGAAUGCACACUGCUGUCUUUUUGCCUUUACUUAUGUGUUGUUGGUGACUGUUUCUGUGAAUCUGGAAGGCCUUACAGUUAUCUUCUCUGAAGUUUUACAAUAGUGAAAACUGGAGUUUGGGUAAAGAAUUAAAUACAGCUUUUGGGCAGAUAGCUGAUCUAGAACCAGCUCCUCAUAUUAAAAGCAAAAUGUUAAACUGGUCUCAGGUCAGUAUUGAAGGAUCUUUCCAGGAUUUUUAAAACUAAAUGCAUGCUCUUUACUGUAAUAGAAAAAAUGUAUAAUGGCAAAGCUGCUGCAGUUGUAUUUGGUAAUUUUCGAAACCCAGCAGUGGAAUAACUAGCACCAACCCAUUACAGAGAAAAACAUACAUUUAGUUUCAAAAAUACCAGCGUUAUCCUCUAAGGACAGCACCCCACAAAACCCAGUAGUGGCCCUUCAGAGUCUGAUGGAGAUGAGCACCAUCUCUGGAUGCAAUAAGAAAGAGAGUCUACUGUCUGUAAAUCUUUGUUCUGGAAAACAUUUUAAAUUUCUGUUAAAGUAUUAACUUUCCAUUCUGGAAGGACAGUAUUAGUUUGGGCAGAUCUAAUAAGUGGCUGUAGUUUUGAUGGCUUUCUAAGAUGUGUGAUUUAAUUCAAUCCAUUGCUUCCACUUGGUAUGUUUUGUGAUGGCAAAAAAAUGUCUCUUACAGUGCAGUAUUGAAAAUGGAGUCUGGGGUUUUAUCCGACCUUUUAACAAAUAUUUUAGUGAUACGACAAUAUAUCACCGGCGACAAUAUAUGAUGAGCUUUGUUAAUGUCAGUAGAAUAUAAAGAGUUUUUUAAUGUGUUUAACUAGAACUCGUUCAUUUUGGUUUAUUUCUGGGUUCAACUUUGAUUCGCAGUAUGUGCCGUUUCACAUGGUGUGCAGCAAGAACCAUAAUACAGCACAUCCCUAAGCACAUCUCAGAUACUCUGGUCACUCCUAACACUGUGAUAGUCCACAGGGUCCAUCUGUAUGAAACAUCCCAGCUGACCUACGCUUAUAUAAUCUUAUUCAUCACAACAUGGCCAGCAAAACUCAUCCUAAAACAGCGCUCUUACUCUUGAGAAAUGUGAUACGUGCGGACAACCCCUGAACUACCUCAGGUUUUUUUCUCCCUGCUCAUCUGAAUAUUUUUGCACAUAGACAGGAGGGCAAAGCAUUGUUGAUAACUGGAAAACAUAAAUGCAUUGAUGGACUCAGACGCAAUUUAGGCAGUGUGUUUUGUUUUAGAGACAGAGUGAGCGUGACGGACCCCUAUUAAAAUGAUAUUGUUAUAUCUUGUCGAUAUAUUCCAAAAUGUGCAUGGAAUAUAUCAGCGCUGUCAUAACAAAACUUCCUAUUGCAUAAUGGACAACUUUCAGGGAGGAGGAAAAAAUUGUUAACUUCUUAUUGCAUAUAAUGUUGGACCAUUUCUUUUGUUGAUCACACAAUGUAAUGGGUAGCUGGUAUUUUCAAAUGGUGUUUAUAUUUACAUAUAUGGAGAAGACUGGGGCUAUGAGGAUUUGAUACGACAGCGAUGUUAUAUUUCCAAUAUAUUACUUUCAGCAAGUGUCAGCUUGUUCCUGUUCCAGCUGUAUUUACUGGUUUGUUUGACUGUUCAUACUCUGCUGUCUCUAAGUUGGCUGUGCCAGUAUAGCCAGAUUCUGGACCUUUGAUCACUCCACUCAGGUUGAAUGACCUUAAGGCAGCAGUAUUCAAAAAUGGACCAAAUACAUUGAACAUAUACAGCUCUUUUUUUGUGAUUGCUUCAUUGUGCAUGCAACUGACUGCAUCUCAAGGGAAACAACACAGCGGAGGAGACUGGAUCAGCUGGAUAAAUAUCAGGAACUGUAAACUGGACUUACAUUAAUACACUUCCCAUGAAAAUGUAACAUAUUUAAAAAUAAUUUACAACAUAUUUAAUUCACAUUCAGUAAUGCAUUGAUAGCAAAUCCUAAUAUAUUCCAUUUUAUAUGGGUUUGCAGUGAUAGGAUUGUCAGCUCUGGGUUCUGGCACAGGGACAACAUUCAUUAUGUGCAUCAGUAUCUGGGGGUCAUAUGUGUCAUAGAGUAAGAGUGCUUCAUUUGGGUCAGCUUUUGGCUUUUGAUGAAUAUGAUUAUCCAUACAGGGAUCCGAUCCUAUUUGAGAACUUUCGAUGGAUGGACUAGUUAGGAUCUGAGCAGGAGGAACACUGGCAGACUGAAAGAUGUUUUGUUUCCAAGCUGGACGGCAGGACGAGGAAAAUGUUGAGUGAUUAUCAGAAUGGUGAAACACUGACUGAUCAAACUUUUUAAUCUUACAUUCCAUUCGACUUGCUUCGCAGACGCUGUAGCCUUUGAUGAGAUUUGCUUGUUUCUGUGUACAGAGAGGAACUCAGUUCUGCUCAUGCUGGUAUAAGAGUUUUACACUCGUUUUACGUGAACUAAAACUUGACUCCAUUCCUUCUCUAUUAACUUUUUUUUUUUUUACCCGUCUUGAGUUGCAAUCAUAUGAAUGAAAGAAAAAAGUUCCAUUUGAAAGAUGCCUCAUGUUCAUCUUGCAUAAGUUACUGUCAUUAACAAUAAAUACAGAAAUGUGUCGAACAGUG